GCGACUCACAUGGAGCUCCUGGCCGGUUCUGCCCCGCGUGCUGGCAGUUGAGGCAUUAACGGACCAGACCGAGCUACCCGUCUUGACAACUUCACACGUAUCCGACUUUUUUCUUUUAAAAAAAAAACAGGAUUUAUCGCGACAAACUCGUCGGCUAGAGAUUAAACCUGCCCACGGAGGCUUUGUUUACAUAUUUGACAGGUGUAGCACUCUCGGUUAACCGCACCCCGAAGGCACAGUCGGUUAAUCCAGCCGGAUUGAUCUAGAAAUAUUAACGUCAACGGUCGCGACAGGUUAACGGAAAAGUGAUAGCUCCGAGCUGUCAAGAUGACGGAGCAACUCGAGCAGAUCCUCUCACAGCUGACACAGCCUGACAAUGCCAUUAUCCAGCAGGCCACUGCCCAGCUGAAACAGGCUUUCAAAGACCCGGCUAUUAUCCCAGCCCUGUGUGCCGUCAUGAGCGGCUCCCAAAAUCCUCAGAUCCGUCAGUCAGCUGCAGUGAUGCUGAGGCUGAGGGUGAAGAAACACUGGAAGAAGAUUAGCCCUGAUGACAGAGAGAGCCUCAAGGCAGUGGUUCUGCAGACCUUCAUGCAGGAAACAGAGCACACGGUGCAGCACUCACUCUCCCAGCUGUGUGCAGUGAUGGUUAAACACGAGACACCAGACCGCUGGCCUGCCCUGCUGCAGCUCCUCAAUCAAUCCACCAAGAGCAGCAACCCUCAUGACAGACAGGUUGGCCUUCUGCUGCUGAAUAAGGUGAUGGAGUCCAACCCGGAGCCUUUCAAGCCUCACUACUGCCAGCUGCUGCAGCUGUUUAACACCGUGCUGCAGGACCACAACAACCCGACAGCCUUGUACUACUGCAUCCUCACCCUCACAGCCAUCACUGCAUACACAGGCACAGAAGAGAUGCACCAGAUGCGUUCCAUCAUCCCAAGUCUGAUUGUGGCUCUGAAACACCUGAUCAAAGCAGAUCAGAACCAAGCCAGUGAGGCCAUGGAGGUAUUUAAUGAGCUCAUGGAGAGCGAGGUGUCCAUCAUCGUCCCUCAUGUUGCUGACAUUGUCCGCUUCUGCUUGGAGGUGGGCAGCGAUACCGCACUGAGUGACUCUCUGCGGGUGAAAGCACUCUCUUGUAUUGCCUUCCUCAUCAAGCUGAAAAGCAAGACGGUGCUGAAGCAGAAGCUGCUCAACCCCAUCCUGCAGACUAUUUUCCCUGUACUGGUUGCGGCUCCGCCACCUGGUGAGCAAGACCCUGAGGAUGAGGAGGAUGACACUGGAGAUGGUGCAGACAAUGACAACCCCAAACACUGUGCUGCUCAGAUUAUUGACACUAUGGCACUCCAUAUGCCCCCAGAGAAGCUGUUCCAACAACUAAUGCCCCUCACUCAGGCAUGUCUUGCCAGUGAAGACCCCUAUCAGAGGAAGGGCGGUCUCAUGUGUCUUGCAGUGCUGGCUGAAGGUUGUGCUGACCACAUACGCACCAAGAUGCUGUCAUCUGUACUGCAGACAGUGUGCCAGAGUCUCUCUGACACUAAUCAGGUGGUGCGCAGCGCCGGCCUUUUUGCUCUUGGACAGUUCUCUGAACAUUUACAGCCUGAAGUGAGCAAGUACUGUGCCGAGCUGAUGCCUUUGCUGCUGGACUACCUUUCUUCCUUGAACGAGGCCAAGGUCGGCCAUGUUACUAAGGCCUUUUAUGCCCUAGAGAACUUCAUGGAAAACCUAGGUGCAGAUAUUGAACCCUACCUGCCCACCCUGAUGGAAACUAUGUUAUCUGCCCUCAACAACGCUGCAAACCUCAAGAUAAAAGAGCUCGCCGUGUCUGCCAUAGGUGCUAUAGCCAAUGCUGCCAAGGAGCUGCUGGUGCCCUACUUCCCUCCAGUUAUUGAAAGCCUGAAGGGCUUCCUGACUACCACUACAGAGGAAAUGAGGUCUCUGCAAACUCAGUCGUUGGAUACUCUCUCUGUGCUGGCCCGUACCAUCGGCAAUGAUGUCUUCAGUCCUCUUGCUGCAGAAUGUGUUCAGCUGGGCCUCAACCUCACUGACACGAUCGAUGACCCUGACUUGAGACGCUGCACGUACAGUCUAUACUCUGCUGUAUCCACCGUCAGCCCAGACUGCCUGACUCCUCACCUCACUGCUAUUACAACAGUCAUGCUGCUGGCACUCAAGUCCAAUGAAGGCAUUACGGCUCACCUUGAGGAGGACAAGACCUUUGUCCUUCUGGAUGACGACGACGAUGACGAAAACGACAACAACGAAGAAGAAAAAGAUGUGGAUUUUCUGGAAGAUGAGACUGAGACGGAGGUCCACGAUAUUACAGGGUUCAGCGUGGAAAACGCCUACAUCGACGAGAAGGAGGACGCCUGUGAUGCGCUGGGAGAGAUUUCCUUCAGCACCGGCGCCGCCUUCCAGCCCUUCCUGGAGUCCAGCUUCCAGCAGGUUUACGAGAUGAGAGAUUUUCCCCACGAGGACGUCCGCAGGGCAGCCUUCGGAGCCAUGGGCCAGUUUUGUCGUGCUCAGCACAAAGUGUGGAAGGAGAAUCCCACUGAGGCCAACCACCAGGCCCUGCUGAAGUUGCUGGACGUGGUGCUCCCUUGCUUUGUGGAGACAGUGCGAGCAGAGCACGAGCGCCAGGUUGUGAUGGGCAUCCUGGAAACCAUGAACAACGUCAUCAAGUCCUGCAAGGAGGAGGCCUUCCAAAACCCUUCACGCCUGAAGGAGAUCAGCUACGUCAUCCGCGAUGUCCUCAAGAAAAAGACCGUUUGUCAGGACGGUGGUGGUGGUGGUGUUGGUGAUGAAGCUGAUGAUGAAGACCAACAGGCCGAGUACGACGCCAUGCUGCAGGAGUUUGCCGGUGAAGGAAUCCCCCUGCUGGCUUCUUCCGUGCCUGCAGACAGUUUCGCCCCUUUCCUCAACGACCUGCUGCCUCUCAUCAUGAGCAAAGCUAAAUCCUCAUGCACAGUGGCAGACCGGUCCUUCUCUGUGGGUACGAUUGGAGAAAUCCUGCAGGCACUCGUGAGCGUGCCCGGAGGUCGGGGAGUAGCAGGCCGACUGUCCACUCGGUUGCUUCCCGUGCUGGUAGCCGGAGUGAGGGACAGCGAUGCAGAGGUUCGCAACAACAGCGUGUUCGGUCUGGGAUGUCUGGCCCAGGCUGCCGGACCCAUCGUCGUAUCAGACUAUCCCAUGAUGCUGUCUGUGUUUUCCAACAUGCUGACCAAAGAAUCCGACCUCAGGGUGAUUGACAACCUGUGUGCUGCCCUCUGCAGGAUGAUAUUGAGCAAUGUUGAAGCUGUCCCUCUGGAGCAGGUCGUGCCUGCUCUGGUGGCUCGUCUUCCCCUGAAAGAGGACAUGGAGGAGAACAAGACGGUGUUCAACUGCCUGGCCAUGCUGUACACUAACAGUCCUGCUCUGGUUGUGAAGUUAAUGAAGCCCAUAGUUGCUGCUUCCAGUCAUGUGAUUGGCAACAAGAAUGUUGACAAAGAAACCCAGAACACUUCGGCCCUGCUGAUGAAAGAAUUUGCCCAGCGCCACUCUGCAGACUUCCAAGCAGCCGUGACCUCACUUCCCAGAGAGGAGCAGGCCAAACUUAGCGCAGCCAUCUCCGCCUCGUAGCCAACACACAUCUCCCCACUCUUGUGUGAAAGCCAGCCAAAACAAUGAAUUUUUAUAGUACUGUAGGUGGAGAACGGGACGGUUGUUUGAGAUGUUUCCCCCCCAAAUACAGCACUUCAACCAUUCUGAUACAGUCAUUAUCACAUUCAGCAGUUAUGCAAGUUCAGAGUAUUAACUUUUAAUUUAUUUCCUUACAUGCAUGCUAUGUUGAAGUUUUAUUAUUUUAAGAGUUCCAGUUGACCAUCCUGUGUUGUUCCCUUUGUGUUUUGUUUCCCUGUUAUUCCUGUAAAGUGCUGCUGUCCCCUUAUUGCCACUGUUUGGACAGACUUCUGGCUUUGUGUGAAGCAUCUGAUCUCCUGAUAAAUUUAAUUUUUCAUUCA